UGCUAAAUGCCCAAUGUGCGAAAUAGUUUCCCAUUUUUCACCACAUGAUAAAGCUUUUUAGAGUCUGUUACUAGAUGCUCUUCAUGAUAAAGUUUGGUUUUAUCUAGUGACAUGUGGGGUUCUAUAAUUCUACUAUUAUUUGCAAUUUUCAGUCGAAGGUGUCAGUCAUGAUCUGAGCUAUGCAUAUUACACCUUGUAACUUAUAGCUUGAUGAUAUACUUCACUUGGGGAUUAAUUAUAAAAUUCAUACUUACCAAAAAAAAAAAUCAUUAAUACAACCUGCAUUUUCUAAGCUUUCUUGUGGAGCCAUUUCCAGCUCAUUUUUUCAUGUAUGAACAGUAUGGAAAGGAGUAUGUGUAUGAAGCUCCAGUCAAGCUUUUGGAUAAACUGUUGCAUUCAUUGCCACAAUUACCAGAUAAACAACUUCUUGUGCUCUCUCAGGUGCUGGUGGCUGAUAUCAACAUUGGAUAUGAAGAUAUUGUUAACACCCAGUUCACCAAAUUCCGAACGAGAGAAGCAGAAUUAGCUGUUGUUGGAGAACGAGAAGUUUAUCCUUAUGACAUCUCCUUUACUUUUGUUAUGGAGUCUCUGAUUUUGAGUGUUCUCCUCAUUGGCGAAUACACACACACAGUAAUGAGAGGCAUGUGCUGACUUUUGUAUUUAUGGAUUGAUAAUUGAAC